GCGCCCGCCGGUGCCGGAUUGUAGCGCCUCCCCAGUGCAGUGUUGAUGUUGACACCCUAGCUGCCUUCUGAAGGGGUUAUGCAUCAACUCAUUAUUUUUGCUAUUGGACAACGUUAGUGCCACUUCUCGGUUGCAUUGAAGUCCAUCGCCGGUUUCAUUCCCUUCUAUUCUUAUUUUCCUCAUAUAUUGAGAGAUAACAGGCUUGGGUAUGAUUGAGGUAACGUGUAAUGAUCGCCUUGGUAAGAAGGUGCGUGUUAAAUGCAACCCAGACGACACAAUUGGUGAUUUGAAGAAGUUAAUUUCUGCACAAACUGGUACUCAUUGGGAGAAGAUUGUCUUAAAAAAAUGGUACACCAUUUUCAAAGAUCAUAUCAAGCUGGCCGAUUAUGAAAUCCGAGAUGGAAUGAACCUGGAGCUUUACUACCAGUGAGAUACAUGGUUGUGUUUAUAUUUUUUAUUUAUGUUUAAUUGUACGUUACAAUUUCUAAUAAUUCAAUCAUGGUAAUUUCAUGUUAA